CAGCUGUUUUGUUGUGAUCAACUAUUUAGRAAACAUUUUUAGCACAUGGCUGCGUUUUUAACUGCAAAUCGUUGGUCAUCAGGGAUCGGGACCCAUAAAACCAAAGAAGGACGAAUAAUUUGUACUGGUAUUGGAUGCCUGGGGUGUUUUCCAGAGACGAAUAGGACAGAGGCAGACGAGUUAGGAAUUUGUGUUGAAGAGAUCCCAGACAAAGGUUACCUCAGAACGUUCCUUGACCAAGACAAGAAUAUUACUGUUGCUAUGCAGAAAAAUCCAAGUCCUGGGAAGAUAAAAGGACGUUCGAAACGCAAGAAGAAGGUUACAGGAUCUUCAUUGUUAACUAAAGAGAUUGAUAAAAGCAAUUCCGAUGGAGACGAUGUUAAAGUUGAGAAAAGUAGUUAUGAAAGUAGUGUUCACGACAUGGCGAGGUCUAGAAAUUUUCGAACAACAGGAACGCAAACACCGGAACAUGACAACCAAAGAAUGGUUCCACACUAUUCAGAACUCUCGAAAGAGGCACAGAAAAUAGUGUCUUCAAUGCUUGGUAGUAGAGAGUUUCCAGAAUUCAAAGAGAAAUACUCUAGUGAACAAGAUCAGCUGUCCUCAGAACUCGAAAGGUGUAAAUUAAAAAAGACAAUCGGAUACUCAAUGGCUAAUUCAGUUAAUCAACAUUACAACUUGACUGAAAAUAAUAUAAAGAAUGAAGCUGUUAAUAGAAAAGUAAACAAAACUGCAAGAAUCUUAGAUAGUUUGUACGUUGUUUCCAAAAAAGACAUUGCUGUUGCGAACGAUAAUAUUUUGCCAAAUGAAGACAAAGAUUUGUAUUGGAAUAACUGGGACCUUGGAGAAAAUGCAGUUUGUCUUUACUUUGCUAUUGAAUACUUCCGUAGUGAAAGAAUUCUCCCGGUAUUCAAGGUUCUUGAGAUUGUUGAAGCUUUGAGUGAGGUCGUGGCUGUGAAGGACAUCAAAUGCGUUCAAAGAAAUAAUGAUAUUUGGCAAAUUGUCCUUAGUAGAAGAAAUGACUUGGGGCGUUUGAGGAAAAGAGGUUUGAGAAUUAGAGGAAGAGUGUAUGAACUUGUAGAGGACAUUGACAGUUACUGUCAAACGAUAUAUGGAGAGUCUUAGAGAAAAGACCAAGAACAAUAAUUUACUAUAAAAAUAUUCUAGUUUGUAACGCUGCAACUAAGAAUCUCUUAAGUAUCAUUGCUUCCCACAUAGAGCGAUAAGCAGGCAGUUUUUAUUGACGAUGAAUUGAAAUCCUGGACCUUCAUCUUUAGCCAAUAAGAAAAAAGAAUUCAAUGAUGA